AUGUUCGGUGCCGAGAACGAGGAGACGCUUAAUAGCACUGCAAUGUUAGCAGUAGCAUUCCGAUUGGAGGAUCGGUGGGAAGAGGCCGAGUAUCUCGAAGUGCAGGUUUUGGAGACUCGCAAGAAGAAGCUCGGCGCGGACCAUCUCUCUACGCUUACGAGCAUGGCCAAUCUAGCGUCGACGUAUAGUGAUCAGGGCCGGUGGGAGAAGGCCGAGAAGCUCAAGGUGCAGGUCAUGGAGACUCGCAAGACGAAGCUCGGCGCGGACCAUCCCUCCACGCUAACGAGCAGGGGCAACCUAGCGAGGACGUAUAGUGACCAAGGUCGGUGGAAGAAGGCCGAGAAGCUCGAGGUGCAGGUCAUGGAGACUCUAUGUCCAAUCUUGCGUCGACGUAUUAGAACCAGGGCCGGUCGGAGGAGGCCGAGCAGCUCGAUGCAGGUCAUGGAGACUCGCAAGACGAAGCUCGGCGCGGACCAUCGUGACACGCUGACGAGCAUGGCGAACCUUGUCUUCACCGAGUCUACUGGCCGUCGUUCUGAAGCGAUCGAUUUGCUAAGAACCUGCGUGACCAAGCGGCAACGAAUUUUAGGUCCUGCUCAUCCCGACACCGUCUCUAAUUCUGACACUCUGCUAGCCUGGGAAACGGAGGAUCUGGCCAUCAAGACAUGA